AUGUCAGUCUUCAACACCUCUGAAGUAGAAAUCUCUACAUUCUUCCUGAUUGGGAUCCCAGGAAUGGAACAAGCCCACAUUUGGGUCGCUUUCCCCAUUUGCCUCAUUUACCUCUUUGCCAUCCUGGGGAACUGCAUCAUCCUCUUUUACAUAAAGACAGAGACCUCUCUGCAUGAACCUAUGUAUUAUUUCCUUUCCAUGCUGGCAUUUUCUGACCUAGGACAGUCCAUUUCCUCCAUCCCAACUAUGCUGAGAAUAUUCUUGUUCAAUGCCACAGGGAUUUCCAUAAAUUCUUGCAUUGCCCAAGAGUUUUUCAUUCAUGGAUUCUCAGCUACGGAGUCAUCUGUACUUUUCGUCAUGUCUGUUGACCGCUUUAGAGCUAUAGAUAACCCUUUGAGAUACACCUCUAUACUUACAGGUGCCAGGGUCAUUAAAAUUGGCCUUGUGAUCGCUGUAUUAUGUAUUGUCCUUAUUCUUCCUUUCCCCUUUACUCUAAAGCAGCUGACGUUCUGUAAGAAAAGUGUUCUUUCCCACUCCUACUGCCUCCACCAGGAUGUCAUGAAGCUGGCCUGUUCUGACAACAAGGUCAAUAUCAUUUAUGUUUUUUUCAUGGCUCUUAUGGCUAUGUUAGAGUUGGCAUGCAUUUCUGUGUCUUACAUGCUGAUCCUGAAAAUUGUUCUGGGCAUUGCUUCACACAAGGGUCGCCUCAAGGUUCUUAACACUUGCAUUUCCCAUGUCUGUGCUGUGCGUAUCUUCUAUGUGCCUAUCAUCACCUUAGCUGUCCUUCAUCGGUUUGGCAAAAAAAAUUCCCCGGUUAUUAGGAUCAUUAUAGCUGAUGUCUUCCUUCUGGUUCCACCUCUAAUGAAUCCCGUUGUAUAUGCUGUGAAGAGCCAGCAGAUUAGAAAUGUGAUCCUGGGUAAACUAUGCAAGAAACAGGUAUGAUGAGAAAUUUCAGCAGCAAUGACAGCCUGAUUCACUUGGCAACUUCUGAACAAAUAUAGAGAUCUAAGAUGGACAGUGAACGAAUAGAGGUUGAACACCAAAAUAUACUGCAUAUGAUGGAAUGCCUAUCAAAUUUCGAGUUAUUGAUUUAACUAAGCAGAACUACCAUGAUAUAUUAGAUACCUUGGGAAGUAGACUGGUGGCUAAUGUACUUGUUUCCCACUUCCUUUCUUAGUUUUACCUCUCUUCACAGCCAGUUCUAUAA